GAGUCACCAGAUUAGCUCACCAGUUGAACAUUGAGGAGCAGGACGGGACAGUUCCUCAGCGAGACCUCACAGGUGGAGUCCGGACAUAAAAGAAGAAGAGUAAGAAGGAACAUUUUAUUAUCCUAAAGUAACCCGGACCAGGACUCUACAGCUAUCCCACACGUGCGUGGUGGAUGAAACUAGACCUCCUGUACUCUGAUUCUGGUCCAGAAUCAAUCAUUGUAUUCCAUGAAGUCCUUGUACGUGGCUGCAGAUCCCCACAGAAGCUCCACAGACAAACUAGACAAAAAGCCGAGGUUAAUCUGAGUGUUGGAAAGACUCAAGCCGAGGAAUGAAGGCGCUUCCGAAGAAUCAGGGACGCACGGACCAGAUGUUAGGAGCCAUGGCGGACAUGCUGACUUCAGUGGUGGUGCCCAAUCAGUGGCUCUCAGGCGCAGACCUCCCAUCAGGCGAAGACGAAAGAGGGCCGGUCCAGGGCCGCUGGGAGUCCGAGGGACUGGACUGGGAGCAGCCCAGAGAAGGAACAGACUCGUACUCGGCGGCAGGCAGUGAAGGCAGCAUCUCUACCUCUGUGGCGUCCCUGCCCCCGCAGGCUUCAGGCAGCUCAGCCCCCGGCUCCCCCGGCUCCAAGCACUCUGUGAGCACCCUGAAGAAAUGGCUCACGAACCCGGUUCGCAAGCUUAGCGCCGGGGCCACGGCCAAAGGGCAACGUCAAAUACGCAAACUUGAAGGAAAACCUGAACUUCUUCCGUCCCACAGCCACAGCCAGGAUCCGGGCAGCCCCCCGAGGCCCGGGGACCCUCUCACCAUCCUGCCUGUCACACACACACAACUGGAGUGGAAAGACGGCCUGGCGAGCCCCGAGGAUCUGUCGCCAGCGACACUCCAGUCCCCCGGUUACGUAACCCACUCACUGAUUGGCUGCACGUCACUGCUUCACACGCAGGACGCUCAGGACGCUCUGGACGCUCAGUCCACCUCUUUCCUGAUGGAUGACACCUCCAGCCAAUGGUCUUCAGUGGCUGACACUGAGGAGGAGCGGAGAAGCGCCUUGGAGAAGAGCUUAUACGUACUGAAGGAGCUUAUCGAGACGGAGAAGCACUAUGUAGCAGACCUGGGCCUCAUCGUGGAGGGCUACAUGACCAAUAUGAACUCCAAAGGUAUACCAGAGGACAUGAAGGGAAAAGACAAGAUUGUUUUUGGGAACAUUCACCAAAUAUUUCACUGGCAUAAAGACUAUUUCCUGGGAGAGCUGGAGAAGUGCUUGGCAGAGCCGGAGAGACUGAGUCAGCUCUUCAUUAAACACGAGCGGCGUCUGAAUAUGUAUGUGGUCUACUGUCAGAACAAGCCCAAGUCCGAGCACAUUGUCUCAGAGUACAUUGAAACCUACUUUGAGGAGUUGCGGGAGCAGCUGGGUCACAGGCUGCAACUCAAUGACCUGCUCAUCAAACCCGUCCAGAGGAUCAUGAAGUACCAGCUGCUGCUCAAGGACUUCCUGAAGUAUUCCACCAAAGCUGGGAUGGAAACAGAAGAGUUGGAGAAAGCAGUAGAAGUGAUGUGCUUUGUGCCAAAACGUUGCAAUGACAUGAUGAAUGUGGGUCGACUCCAAGGCUUUGAGGGGAAGAUCACAGCCCAGGGGAAGCUGCUCCAGCAGGACACCUUCACCGUCACUGAGCAGGACUCCGGCUUCCUGUCUCGAGCGAAGGAAAGAAGGGUCUUCCUGUUUGAGCAGCUGGUCAUCUUCAGUGAGCCCACGGACAAAAAGAAGGGCUUCUCGCUUCCUGGGUACAUCUUUAAAAACAGCAUAAAGGUGAGCUGCUUGGGGGUGGAGUUCAACGCGGACGGUGACGAUGCGCGCUUCGUGUUGACGUCCCGCAAUCCAGACGGAAGCACGGUGAGAUUCCAGCUGCUGGCCUCCUCGCUGGAGACGUGCAGGGCCUGGGUCGACGAUGUGGGUCAGAUCUUGGAAACACAGCGCAACUUCCUGAAUGCCUUACAGUCACCUAUCGAGUAUCAAAGGAGAGAAAGCAAGUCCAAUAGCUUGGGUCGCUCCAUGCGGCCCCCCCCGUCCACCGGCGGCGCCCUGAGGCCCCACUCGUCUGCUUCAAUGGACCGCCACAGGCACCCCUCCCUCCAUUCUCAUAACACCUCCCUGCCCGCCCUGUACCUGCCCAGCCAAGGCCCGGCUCCGGGUCCCAGUGAGACCUCCAUGCUGCAGGAUCCCACUCUGGUGCAGCUCUGUCCUGCUGACACAGUUUCUCCGUCCCAUGUUCAGCUGACCUUGUCGGAACCGCAGACCUGUCCUGCUGUUUCCAAUGGUCUCUACACGCCCUCCAUGCAGACUCCAAAGAGAGCAGACGAUGGCUGCCGCAGGGGUCAGUCGUCAGAUUUUGGAAACCAGGCUCCGUUUUCCACUCCCUCAGCCGGACGACGCCCUAGCAACCUGGCCCAGCUUGCUGAAGAUGACCUAUGACCUCUGAUGGCCUCUCGACGAGUCGAUGGAUAGCAUGAAGACCAGAACAAAUGAAGACAUACCAAGACCCGGUUCAGCCAUCUGAAGGAACCUAUGAAGGAAGUAAACGCAGCACCUGUAAAAUGACUUCAUUGUUUUCUACUGCGGCCGUCCUCCAAGAUGGCCCCCAAAGAAAGCUUUCUAUGUUUGUAUGAGUGGCGAUUCCACCAUCAAAUAUCCAUUCCUAAUCGGGGCGGUCCCGCCGUCUGCAUUUCCAUGACUGUGCAGCAAGUCGGGGCUUUUUGCGUGCAUGAGAGUGUGCAUGAGCUCCUCCUGUACUCGUACGGUAUGAUUCCUCCGACAACUGCUGGCGCCCUCAAACCUACCGUGACUCAAGAGGAUGUGAAGGGCUUACAUCUUCAUCUUCAUCUUCAUCACCACGGGGACAAGACUUAGGUUUCAUUUUGCUUUUAGCUGGACUUGCACAACCUCCAGGUCAUGGGUCAUGUGGACGAUGCAACCUGAAGGGGGGGGGCACAGAGCGUCGGACACUGCUGCAGUACUCAGGCUGUAUAUUGUAGCUGUUCACCGUGAACCUAUCUAGAGUCUCUUUAGGGUUUUCUUUUUUUCAAUUUGGGAUUCUGGACUUCUAUCCUGUUUCAAACAGACUCAUAUGUUAUGUUGUACUGUCAUGUCCGACAAUUAAAAACUUGUAAUCAC